GCCUUAGCCCACACAGCACAAAGGUCAGCGCUGUGCUUUGGCCGCGGCUACCGUUUGUGUGGGUGUGUAUAUAUACGCACCUAUACCUGACCCCCUUGGACCCGGCCUUGUCCUCGAGCUACCACAGACACCAACAACGCGCGCUGGCUUCUUCUAGCUCAGUCGCUCGCAACAAGACACAGAUCAGAGAGCUCUCUGCCUCAGCCGCCUCGCUCUGACGGUCUCGCGCUUGUUCUUAUACGGCGCCGCUUCUUGUCCACCACCGCAGUUCACUCGCAUCACAAGCCCGCGCACGCACCACAGAGAGGAUUCGCAAGGGAGCAGCUAGCUCGACGACCAUGGUGAGGCCACCGUGCUGCGACAAGGAGGGCGUCAAGAAGGGGCCGUGGACGCCGGAGGAGGACCUCGUCCUCGUCUCCUACAUCCAGGAGCACGGCCCCGGAAACUGGCGCGCCGUCCCAACCAGAACCGGGCUGAUACGAUGUAGCAAGAGCUGCCGGCUGCGGUGGACCAACUACCUCCGGCCGGGCAUCAAGCGCGGCAAUUUCACCGACCAGGAGGAGAAGCUCAUCGUCCACCUCCAGGCUCUCCUCGGCAACAGGUGGGCGGCGAUCGCGUCGUACCUGCCGGAGCGGACGGACAACGACAUCAAGAACUACUGGAACACGCACCUCAAGCGUAAGCUGCAGAGCGGCAGCGACGCGGCGGCCAAGCCGCCGGCGCACAGGCCGCCGUCGUCGUCCAAGGGGCAGUGGGAGAAGAGGCUGCAGACGGACAUCAACAUGGCGCGCCGCGCGCUGCGCGAGGCCUUGACGCCGCUAGACGACGUCAAGCCGCAGCAGCCCGACGCAGCAGGCGCGGGGAUCGUCGGCGGCGACAGCCCGGAGUCGAGCUCGUCGGGCGCGUCGCUGUGCUCCCCCUCGGCGGCGGGGCAGUACGUCCUGUCCACGGACAACAUCUCGCGGAUGCUGGACGGGUGGGCCAGCAGGAAGGGGCGCCGAGGCGGCAGCGGUCCGGGCACGCCCGGCGGGGCGGAGAGCGCGUCCGGGUGCUCGGAGGCAUCGGAGGUGUCGUACGGUGGCGCCGCCGUCGUGUCUGCGGCGCCGGCCAAGGGUGCGCCACUGUUCGAGUACGGGACGCAGCCGACCGUGGCGGCUCAGCAGACGCAGCUAACCGCAAUCGAGUCGUGGCUUUUGGACGACGACAGCAACUACCACCAUGUCCAGAGCGGCAGCCUGCUUGACGUCGCCAUGGAUUACCCUUUCUAGCUAGUGUGUUAAGCGAUGCGGCUCAGCUCAAGUGAAUCACUUGAGUGAGGAGUGCUGGUACUAGUGUCCUGUUCCCUAAAGAAAACUACAUAGAUCCUAUAGUAUGUCAGUGACUAAUUGGUUGUUGCAAAUCAACUGUCACUUUAUCUAACUACUACACUUAGGAUCUGCUUAGUUUUCAUUUAGAUUCGAAGAACAUGGAGGCACUCCUAAUCUGUUAUUAUCCUUACUAUGAGUGAAUAUGUUCUUGGGGUUUUGGUUUAUUGUAGCCUUCAAUUUGGAGUAGAUCCCCUUGAGCAAGUUGCAGAUUGUGUGGGAGCGUGGCAUCAAUAUGUCACAUACUUGUCAUAAAUUGUGGUGCUGCUAUUAUCACUAAAUUAGUACUAAUUGAUAUUCUAGUAAUUGUUUUCA